AUGCAUGAAGACCUUAAGCGCAAGGCGCAAGGUGGCGGAGUCGCUGUAUCCGUGCAUGGGCAAGCUCAAGCGUUCAUGUCAAGAGACAACAAGCGAAACGGACGACCAGGUAAGAAGACUGAUGAAGAUCUUGGCGACUAUCUGUUUUCGGUUGGUGGUGAAGUCGCCAAGUCGAGCAACGUGUGGCUGGUCGACUCGGGCGCGACGCAGCACAUGACAAGCUCCAAGAAGUUCAUGAAGAACUACAAGGUCUUCAAUCCGGUCGAUGUGCACUUAGCAGACGAUGGUGUCGUUCAAGCGAUAGGAAAAGGCGACCUAGUGAUGUCAAUGAAGAUGCCACGCGGGACCAAGAAAGGUGUGCUCACGGACGUGUGGCACAUCCCGAAGCUAUCGCGCAAUCUGUCCUCCGUGGGAAAAUUUACCAGGACGUCGGGCAAGUCACCUUUAAAACCAACGGAUGCUUCGCGGAGACAAAGGGUGUCAAGUGAAAGCUCGGUGCUCGCUUAG